CCAGCGGCGAAGCUCCCGCCCCCCGUCCAGCGGCGCUACCGUAUUGGCUACCCCGGUCGCCUGUCACCGGGACAUCAGUAGAGGCACGAGUUCGCGCUGCACUCGCUGAAGUGCGAUCAGUUUCAGCCGCGUAGUGGAACUCAGCGAGACCUGAUGCACAAGUCAAGGCGACGCGCAGCAGAGAUGAAGCCGGAUUGGCUCUGAUUUUUAAAAGCCCUUUCAUUCAAGAGGCUGUCCAUUAUCAACAUGGCAGAACCGUCGGUUCCAGUACCCCCUCGAAAAAUGGCGUCACUUAGCCGGGUCCGAGCCUUUACUCUGAUUUUCUUAACUGCAAGCAGUUGUUUAAUUACUCCCACAAGUGGCAAGGAAGGAGGGGGAGAGGAGACGGUCAUCAUCGGGCUGCGGCUGGAGGACACGGACGACAUUUCCUUCAUGGACAGGGGCUUUUUGCGGGUCAGCGAGAGGUCUCGGGUGAGAUUGAGAGUGUACGGGCAAAACAUCAACAACGAGACCUGGUCCAAAAUCGCAUUCACGGAGCACGAGAGGAGCCGAGUGAUCGGCAACAUCGACAGCUCCUCGGGGGACAACCAGAGUCAGGAGGACACGUCGGGCUUGCACCCCUGCGGCAUCAGAACUUCGGAUAUUCUGAUCUUGCCCAACAUCGUUUUAAACCGCAAGACGUCUGGCACCGUGGAAAUCGAGGUCAAACCUCUGCGAAAGACUGAGCGGAGCAAAGCGUACUACCUGUGCAUCGCCACCUCCACACCUGCUGUGGCCGGAGCGCACGACCCGUGGACCGAGAACACGUGGAUCUAUCACGACGGAGAGGACACCAAAGUGAUCGUGGUGGAGGAGAAAAAGUUCCUGCUGCCCUUCUGGCUCCAGGUCAUCUUCAUUUCCAUGCUGCUCUGCCUCUCGGGCAUGUUCAGCGGCUUGAACUUGGGGCUGAUGGCGCUGGACCCCAUGGAACUGCAGAUCGUCCAGAACUGCGGGACGGAGAAGGAGAAGAACUACGCGAGGAAGAUCGAGCCCGUGAGGAGCCAGGGGAACUACCUGCUCUGCUCGCUUCUUCUGGGCAAUGUUCUGGUCAACACCACCUUGACUAUUCUGCUGGAUGAUAUCGCCGGCUCUGGAUUGAUAGCUGUAGUGAUGUCCACCAUCGGCAUCGUGAUAUUUGGGGAGAUUGUGCCCCAAGCCAUAUGCUCACGACACGGUCUCGCUGUGGGUGCGAAUACAAUCUUCUUGACCAAAUUCUUCAUGCUGCUUACCUUCCCCGCGUCCUAUCCGGUAAGUAAACUGCUCGAUUAUCUCCUCGGGCAGGAGAUCGGCACGGUCUACAACCGGGAGAAGCUCUUGGAAAUGUUGAGGGUCACGGACCCGUAUAAUGACUUGGUAAAAGAGGAGCUGAACAUCAUCCAGGGCGCGCUGGAGCUCAGGACUAAGACUGUGGAAGAUGUGAUGACCCCGCUGCGCGACUGCUUCAUGAUCACCGGCGACGCGACGCUCGACUUCAAUAGCAUGAGUGAGAUCAUGGAGAGCGGCUACACGCGCAUCCCGGUGUUCGAAGGCGACAGGUCCAACAUUGUAGACCUGCUGUUCGUCAAGGACCUGGCCUUCGUGGAUCCCGACGACUGCACCCCGCUGAAAACGAUAACCAAGUUCUACAGCCAUCCUUUGCAUUUCGUCUUCAAUGACACCAAACUCGACGCGAUGCUGGAGGAGUUCAAGAAAGGUAAAUCUCACUUGGCAAUAGUCCAGCGGGUCAACAACGAAGGAGAAGGUGAUCCAUUCUAUGAAGUGCUUGGCAUUGUCACCCUGGAGGACGUCAUUGAAGAAAUCAUCAAGUCUGAAAUCCUGGAUGAGACAGACUUAUAUACUGACAACAAAACAAAAAAGAAAAUCACCCAUCGAGAGAGGAAGCAGGAUUUCUCAGCUUUCAAGCACAUGGACAAUGAAAUGAAGGUUAAAAUAUCACCUCAGCUUCUACUGGCUACUCUGCGUUUCCUAGCAACAGAAGUUGAGCCAUUCAGUCCUAGCCAGAUGUCUGAGAAGAUCCUUCUGCGUCUCCUCAAACACCCCAACGUCAUCCAGGAGGUCAAAUAUAAUGACAAGAAUAAAAAGGCCAUCGAACAUUACCUCUUCCACCGCAAUAAGCCCGUGGACUAUUUCAUCCUUGUCCUGCAGGGGAAAGUAGAGGUGGAAGCAGGCAAGGAGGGACUGAGGUUUGAAGCUGGAGCUUUCUCUUCAUAUGGGAUGAUGGCUCUCACUGCUUCUCCAGAAAACAAAUCCCCACCUCGAUCAUUUGGACUGAAUCAUUCUGACUCAUUAAACCGUAGUGAGCGGAUUGAAGUCAUCACACCUUCACUGGGCAGCAGUAACAACCAGCUCAACGCCUUCCUGCAGAUCUAUGUGCCAGACUAUUCUGUCAGAGCUGUGUCAGACAUACAGUACAUUAAGGUAACGCGACAGCAGUAUCAGAACGCCGUCAUGGCCUCACGCAUAGACAAAACCCCACAGUCCUCAGAGAGUGAGUACACUAAAAUCGAAAUGACUUUGACAGAGCUCCACGAUGGAUUGACCGAUGAAACCACCACAUUGUUCAACCAGACACAGAACUGCAUCGUCCACAACAAGUCCAACCACACAGGCCACAGCGAGGGUCCCAUCUAGCCCUCAGCGGGGUGGUGGAGAAACACCACCCCAAACCGAUAUAAACUCACAGUGCAGUACUACUGGGGCCUAAGCUUGGGUUGACCCGACGCAAUAUGGAAUAGUCCAGUGACCCAGUUCGGACCCCUUCAUCCUGAUAAACCGCAGUGUUUAUGUCCCCCAGACCAAAGAGUUUGGAGGAUGGACAUUGUUGUGCUCGGAUGAGCCCCUCCAGCUACACUCCGACUGUCCCGCGAUGUUCACAAACACAAAAGACAGACUCCAGACAGAUGUAAUCGGGUGAAUCAAAGACUGUUCCAAAUACCGCUUUGAAGGAAACCAUGAACCAAGAGCAUUCUACUCACAUAUUUAUUUAUUUUGUAUGCAUUUGUAUAUAUGUGCGUGUCUGAGGAUAUAAUUGUUGGCACAUGCAAGCCUGUCUGUAAAUUGUGCAUGUGUAUGUGUGUGCCUCUAUGAGUGUCACAUGCUAUAUAUAUACAGUUACAGAUACAUCAUUGUAUAUGUACUGGUGAGGGUCUUUUACAUGUAUAUUUCAGAAAUGGUUAUUUCUACUGUCCUAAAUCUGGU